AUGGGGUCGAAUGCUCGUGCAGUCCAUUCAUCCGGCGGAGCAGCCGGUGGUGUGGUGAGUGAAAGCCAAGGAUAUGGAUUGCUACUGACUGGUGCCAUGUUGGCGAGCUUGGACCCCGAUGAUGCGGAUCGGCCAAAGAUCAUGGACUACACCUACGAGAUGUUUUUGGGCUGGCGACGGAUGUGUGAACGUUCCAAGCAAGAUGGCAGCUGUCAGGAGGAUGAAGGAUUUCAAUGCGGAGGAAAGCAGUUUCCAUGCUUGCCACACUGGAAGUUUGAUGAUGAUCUGACCGGAAUCAUUGGCAAGGGUGCGGCCCCGGAUGGAGACGCCGAUGCCCUGGCGGGGAUGCUCUUGGCGGUUCUCUCCUUGGAGCAGUCGAGCGAAGCUCCCGGAUGGCUCGAGGAGGCACCGAUGCUGGCGAGUGUUGGUAGGACGGGCCGUGAGGAGGACGAUGCCAUGGAGCUGUUGGUGGUGGCUUUUUGGGACACUGCCAUGGAGCAAUGGCAAGAAUCAGUUGCAAGCAACCACCGUAUCGUGAAGCUUGGAUCUUGCUGGGGCGGCUGGGGUGGCCAGGGCCAGAACCCCAGCUACCAUGCACCUGGCGUUUACCGGCUUUGCCGCAACUACAUGAAAUCGCAUGAUGUCAAGUACGGUGAGACAGCGCAGGAAGGAGAAAACUUCGAAUCCAGAUGGAACAAGUUGAUUAGUACGACCUACAAGAUGUUUGGUGCUACUCAGUGUGACUCUACUGGCUUGAUUCCCAAUUGGGCCAAGAUCUACGAGGAGGGACAAUCUCUUCGUGCUGAGAUGGGCUUUUCUGGCAGUGGAACUCCAGGGGCAGAGUACGGAUCAGAAGCCUCGCGCGCCGUGUGGCGUGUGGCUUUGGACUUUCUGCUCUUUCCUAACGAGGCGGGCGAAGCAGUUGCGUUCUUGGAUCCGGUGGCCGCGCACCUGGAGACGCGCGAGUCCGGCGGCAGCUGGGCGGAGUCCUUGCGGAUCGACAACAACUGCCUGGUGAACAGCAUUCAUCCCAGCUGGUCCUGGAACAUGUUCAUGGCAGGGCCCACCUUCACGUCGCUGGUGUGUCCCUCCAACUCGGUCGAUGAAGUGCGGCAACAAGCGCUCAUCGACGCGGCGGGCGCGCGCGUGGCCAGCAAGGCCAUCAACGACUACUACUCCGGCAGUUGGGUGGCCAUUAGCACCAUCACUCUGAACGGCGACCUCGUCCGCGCGGCCGAGAACGCCGGGCUCCUGGAAGCCACGCCGACGACGACGACCGGUGGUUCCAGCCACUCGGAGGGCUGCGCAGGGCGAGAUGUUGCUGUGCAACAGCUGGCUACAGCUGCUGCUCGGACCGAACUUCCGGAACGACGCUACGAGAAGGAUCAGUACUGGGCGGGGUGCCGUCAGAGCUGUACACCUGGAGCAGCGAACCCCAACGAUCCCGUGGAUGCCUGGAAGAACUCCGGGACCCGGUUUUUCAGGUCGCUGGCAAAGCCAGAUGCGCAACGUGGUGAAGAGAAGUCUCGGAGCUCUGAGGGGCUGCAACCUUUGAGGGCUGUGAUCAAGAAGUCCAAGCAGCCAGGCCCUGUGAGAUUUGGAUUGGAGGCGCUGUUGGAAUUUCAGAAUUCCUGCACAGAGAUAAAGGAGAUGGGGAUCCAGAAGACAGUGGGCAAGAUCGUGCCUGGAAAGGCGCGAAGGAAGUGGUACCUUUUGGGCCAACGCAUGUCUCCGAAGUGCAUAGUCGCCACAUUGGCCAUCGGUAAUGCGAGAGUGGCACGGGUGCUGGGUGGCCAGAUGGAUCGGCGCUUCCGAAAGUGGGGCGGUGUCAUGUUUCAACGUGGAGGCCUCACACGUGAAAAGCGUGUGGAACAUUUGGCGGCGGAACUGGAUUCCAUGGGCGACGAUGUCGAGGAAUCGGAAGGCUCAGAGUCAGAGGCAGCGGAUGAUCCCAGUGAUACUUUGGCUGUUGAGGCUGAAACGUUGGAGAGCGAUAUGGAGUUGAAACUGCACAUUCUGGGUCUCAACUCAUGCUAUACCCAGUUGAAGAAAGCUCCAGUGACCUUCAGUGGCGGGCUCAAGGUGGAUUCCACAGGGCUCCACAGCUUCACGUGCAUGAGACGUGAAGGAAGUACCCGUGCACGUCAACAGAGCGUGCGUGUUGGUGGCACAAACACCGACAACGAGAUCGCAGUGGAUUUAGAGGCCACAAUCAGCUACACGAACGACGAGGCCACAGCUGAUAGAUCCGAGGCUCAGCAUGACAAGUAUUGCCCAGUGCAGAAGCCUGCGGACAAGCGCUUCCUAAGCGCUGAUGAGCUCCUGACCUCGCAGGUCCUUCCGGUGACCUCAGCGCAAUCAAGGAAGUUUGAUGUGGCAAACGGAGACCAUCCAGUGAAAUACAUUCUAAAGAAUUUGAAAGUCGAGCUGUACGAGCCACUGCACAUUUGGCUUGUGGAGAUUUGCCCAGAGUUGGGGGUGGUCCCGCCACCUUUGCCAGCCACUGCUGAAAUGCAGAGUCUGAGACUCCCAGUUCUUUCGCUGCACUUUCGUGCUCCUUCAGACGGCCUUCCCUUGCUUCAGAGCUGGUUGGAGACCGCUCACGACAUCUUCACUUCAGGGUUUGAAGGAUGGCGGGAGCCAAUCGAAGUUGUAUGCCGAGAGACUUCCCAGCUUGGACAUGAGGUAAAGUUUGCAGCGGUGCUCCCGACAAAGGGAUUGGGAAGGGUAUCCAUCUUACUUUUUGGUAUCUUGUAUACGUUUCUGGAGCUCAAGGACAAGGAUCCCGACAGGUAUCCGAAUCCCGGACGCGACGCAGAAGCUUUCCGCAGGGCCUUCAUGGAAGCCAUUGGCGAGUUCAAUAGCUACGGAUCAGCUUGUCACAGCACACGCUGGCAGAUUGAUGAACAAAUGUCGAAAGAUGUCGAAAUACUCAAACCCUGUGCAGCCUUCAGCAAAGAGACCCUCACUUGCCAGAGAUGGCUUCUAGACGGUGUGGAGACUGGGUGCUGUGCAUUGUGGACCAGCAUACUCACAAUCACAGAGCAGAACCAAGUCCUGUUCUUGAAGAGAGUGUUGUUCUUGCACGCUCUGGCCUUUAGAAGGGCUGGCAAAGCUUGUGUCCCACGCCUGGCGGUUGCCGAUUGGUGUUGUGAGGUGAACAGAAUGUGUCUUGGCUGCUACAUCAUCAGGGAGAUGACGUUUGCCAAGGACCAUGAUGGGAACAGAAUGGACUACAGUUCUGAGUUUGACGAAAUUCUGACCGUCAAGGAUGGUGGUUUCCAAGUCCAUCAUACUUCGAUUUGGCAAGACCACGCACCAUCAUCAGCCAAGCAAACACGCAGUCAGUUUGAUGAGGUGGACAACAAGCUUGUUCUCCUAGACAAGGACGCACGCCAAGCAUCUUGGCAACAGGAUUGCCUCAAGCUCACUCGUGACACUGCUCAACUUGGUCUUCUUUACGAAGCCGAGUGCCAGAAUGAGAGGUCACGUCGCAUGAAGAGGGUACUACACCUCAAGCACCAGAACCAGGUUGGUGCUGCUGUUAUCAGUUCUUUCAUGGAUGGCAACAUGCGACAUGUGGGUGGCCGUACUGGAGAACUGGAACAUGCUUUCAUCAACGACGUCGGCAAAGACAAUGCUGCGCUUGUGGCCUGGAUGGAUGCCACAAAGCUUGGCCGGGUGUCAAAUUCCGACCUCAGCGAUUGUGUCGACCUACUUUCCACAAUAUUGAGUCGCAAGCCGGAGACUUCAGCUGGGAUUGUCAUAGCCCCUCAUCUCAUCUCGGAGAAGGUGGGAAAUGGAUUGCGAGGAGAGCUGAGGACUGAGAGUUGCUGGUUUUUGGAUAUACCGGAUACCAAGAAGUCUUUGGCUUUUGGACCCUCAGGAUGUUGUGUGAAAGAUGCUUAA